AUGCAACGUUACAUCCGCAAAAUCGUUCAACCAGCAUGUCAAGUUUUCAUAAACCACCGGGGAAUCGACACGAAGAAGAACAUAGCUGGGUUAUUGUUCAAGGAUUUAACAAGCAUGGGAAUAAAAUCUUUCUUAGACAGCAAGAACAUGAAACCGGGAGACAACCUGUUUUAUCAUAUAGACAAAGCUAUCAUUGGUUGUAAGGUUGGUGUUGCUGUGUUCUCUCCUCAAUACUGCGACUCGCACUUCUGUCUCCAUGAACUCGCGCUUCUCAUGGAGACAAAGAAACGAGUCGUUCCGAUAUUUUUCGACGUUAAGCCGUCGCAACUUAUGGUCAAAGACGACGGAACUUGCUCUGAGAAAGAGCUUAGAAGGUUCAGGUUUGCCUUAAAAGAAGCACAAAAUACGGUGGGCAUAACCUUUGAUUCAGUCAAUGGGGAUUGGUCAGAAUUAUUAAAGGAUACGACGAAUGCAGUGGUUAUGAAUUUGUUGGAGGUGGAAGGAGAAAAAAAUAAGAAAUGGUGA